AUGGCUCUGCCGAAAACAUACAAACAAGCUGCUUUCAAGGCCAUACGAGAGCCAUUAGUCAUCGAGGAGACGCCAUUACGACUCCCUGGUGAUGGAGAAAUACUAGUGAAGGUUGAGGCAUGUGGAGUUUGUCAUACAGACACAUGCGCUCAGUUCAACUACCUCGGUGGUGGUUUCCCUAUGGUCCCAGGCCAUGAGAUCAUUGGGACAGUAGCUGCUGUCGGCGAUGGUGUGGCGGGGUGGAAGGUUGGUGAUCGUAUCGGAGCUGGCUAUCAUGGCGGACACGAUGGGACUUGCGACCAAUGUCUCCAGAAUUGGCCGCAAAUGUGUGACCAUCCCAUCGCUAAUGGUAUAAAUCGGAAUGGAGGAUUUGCUGAAUACUGCACCAUUCUAGCCAAAGCUGCUGUCCAUAUACCACAAGACAUCGACGCAGCUAAAGGAGCGCCUCUGCUAUGCGCGGGUUCAACAGUCUUCAACGCGUUACGACAAGCAGGCAUCCAACCUAACCAAACCGUGGCGAUCCAGGGGCUAGGUGGCCUGGGCCAUCUCGCCAUCCAGUACGCAAAUCGCAUGGGCUACCGCGUGAUCGCAGUCUCGCGAGGUGUCGACAAAGAAGAAGCCGCGCGGAAGUUGGGUGCUCACGAAUACAUCGACUCCUCAAAAGGCGAUUCUGGAGCAGCUCUCAAAGCCCUGGGCGGCGCACAAGCGGUCUUCACAACAGCAUGGGCGGUUGACACCUUCACGCCGCUAAUCCGAGGUAUCAACAUCCUAGGUAAACUCGUGGUUCUCAGUAUACCAGGCGAAAUGACCCUGAAUCAUAUCGACAUGGUGCAGCGAGGUGUCUCGGUACAAGCUUGGCCCGUUGGGAAUAACCGUGACUCUGAGAUGGCGAUUGACUUUGCGUACCGCCAUGGCGUGGAAUGCGCGGUUGAGACGUAUUCUUUUGACCAGGUUCAGCAGGCUUAUGAUGACAUGUUAAGUGGGAAUCCCCGGUUCCGUGCCGUUAUUAAGAUGGACUAG